AUGAGACGCAGUCGAGGAGGGCCCAGCUCUCCAUUCAGAUCAAAUGGAGCACCCAUACCAGAUUCGUUGUCCUUGAUUCGAUCGUUCAAUGUCGAGACCAACCCUUCCCGCCCAGUGCGGCCGUCCCCUCUCACAGCAUCAACCAUUCCCGACAUGCCACUAGACCUGGUUGAUCGCAUACGAUCUUUCCCACUCUUCGUCUCAGCACCAGACUCGUUCCUCGCGGCAAUUGGAAAGCAUCUGCGGCCCCAAGUACAUACUGCACACGACCAUGUUCUGACGGAGGGAGAUGAUGCCAAAGCGAUGUACUGGCUGGUGCGGGGUGCUGUGGCGGUCACGUCGCGCGAUGGCGAGGCAACAUACGCUGAAUUAAAACCAGGGGCUUUCUUUGGGGAGAUUGGUAUCCUAAUGGACGUGCCAAGAACUGCGACUAUAAUAGCAAGAACAAAAUGUUUGUUGGUUGUGUUGAAGAAGGAGGAUCUGCGCGCAGAGCUGCCAAACUUCCCCGAGAUGGAGCAAGCGAUUAUGGAAGAGGCCCAGGAACGACUUACCAUUCUAAAUAAGAAAAGAAAAGAAGGUGGAUAUGGUCCGAAGCUUGUUUCUACAUCAUUACCCUCACGAGGCGGUAAAGUUGCUCGUGAAGCAGCUCCCGGGGAAGUUUCCCAGGGUGACCAAGGAAUUAUUGAGAGGGGUAUCGUGAUUAACAAAAAGAAAAGAAAGUCACCAAGUCCGCAGGGGAUAGAAGAUCCCGCAGCAGGAAGUGCGCUCGGCAGUGGUUUCGUAAACGUGAGAAAGACUUUGAAAGAGUUGCCACUCUUUUCAACACUUCCUCCAGAGAUACUUCAUUUUCUGGGAUUGAGCGCCACACCCAAGACCUAUCCGCCGUUUACGGAUAUCAUUGUUCAAGGUUCUCCAGGAAAUGAGAUUUACUUUAUCGUCCGAGGCGAAGCCGAAGUAAUUCAUGAGACCACACCUGAGCACGAUGCAGAGCAGGCAAAAAGAGGCUCGUAUCUUUAUCCCCGACUAAAGCAAGGUCAGUAUUUUGGCGAAAUUGCAAGUCUAGCUUUGGCGCCUAGAAGGACAGCCACGGUGCGAGCAAUCACCACCGUGGAAUGCCUGAUGAUUAGCGGCGAGAUAUUGGAAGAACUUUGGAGAAGAUGUUCUCCAGAUAUCAGGCGGCAAGUUGAAGUAACAGCCAAAGAACGAAUACCGAGACCAGAAUCGGAAGAUACGCUGAUGACUGACGGAGAUGGAGACGAGUCUCCUAUUAGUCGACUAGAGAUCGAUGUUUCAUUGCGAACUCCACGUCGUGGGUCACUACCACAAGUUACCUUCACACCCUCCAAACCCGCUAGCCCUCAUAAGCCAAGCCGAGUUGAAGAUAAAGACAUCAUGGAACCUUUGGAUCCCGAUCCAUUUCUCAGCGUGGAUAUGGAUAAGAUGAGGACUAGGAAUGCAAGAAGGGGAUCAUUAGCUCCUCCCACACCAGAAACUCCUCCAUCCGAGGAAAAAGCUACCCCUCCAGGCCCCAGAACCAGAUCGAGAACUCAAACACCUACUCCGGCUAGACCUGCGCCUCAUUCCAUGACACCGCCAGACUCCAAUCGCCCUAAACGGCCAAAGACCGUUCAGCGACGACCCAGUCAGUACAACAGAGGCGUACUACCAGACGCGCUGCUUAUCUCUAUCUUCUCAUAUUUGGACAUAUAUCAGCUUAUGCGUCUGAGGACUGUGUCCCUGCAUUGGUCGAAGUUGCUGACCACAUCACCUGAUGUUUGCCACUAUCUCGAUCUAUCACUAUACAAUCGCAAGGUUACAAACCGGGCUUUGAUCGAUGUUAUUUGCCCAUUUGUGGGAAGACGAGCAAAAACCAUCGAUAUUAGCAAUUGUUUCCACUUGACCGACGAAGGAUUUUCUUAUCUGUCAAACAACUGCGGGACCUACUCCCAGUCAUGGAAGAUGAAAAGCGUCUGGGACAUUUCCGCGAAUGCGGUCCUCGAAAUGGCCAACAACGCCAAGGAACUUCAAGAGAUAGAUCUGUCGAAUUGCCGGAAAGUUAGCGAUAACUUGCUUGCCCGGAUUGUGGGUUGGGUUGUCACGGAACCAAACACACCGCAGAAUAACGCGGCUCGUCAGAAAGCAGGACAAGCUCAAACUAACCAAGUUAUACCUCCUGUGGGGACUGUUGUCGGCUGUCCGAAGCUGAAGCGGCUCAUAUUGAGCUACUGCAAGCAUGUUACAGACCGAUCCAUGGCACAUCUAGCUGUUCAUGCUCAUAGUCGACUCGAGUCUAUCGACCUUACCCGCUGUACCACAAUCACCGAUGGUGGCUUUCAGCAUUGGAGUAUUUACAAAUUCACGAAUCUCCGGAGGUUGAUCCUAGCGGAUUGUACAUAUUUGACUGACAACGCAAUUGUUUAUCUCACUAACGCCGCAAAGGGCCUCCGUGAACUAGACUUGUCUUUUUGCUGCGCUCUCUCUGACACUGCAACGGAAGUCCUCUCAUUAGGCUGUCCCCAUCUCUCCUCCCUCAAACUAUCAUUCUGCGGUUCUGCAGUUUCAGAUUCUUCUCUCCGCUCCAUUGGUCUACAUCUCCUGGAGCUUAAGGAACUAUCUGUACGCGGAUGUGUCCGUGUGACGGGCGUUGGUGUCGAGGCCGUCGUCGAAGGCUGCACCAUCCUAGAAAAAUUCGAUGUGAGUCAGUGUAAGAAUUUGGGACGAUGGCUUGAAAGUGGUGGCGUGGAGAGAAGUAGAAAGACGUAUGGGCGACGAGGGCGGAAGCCUCUGGUCUUUGAGAUUAGCAAGAAAGGCGGCAUUGGAAGCACAUUGAGGUGA